UUAGCUUUACAAAGUUAGCCGCUGUUUAGUAUUAUAUAUAUAUAUUAAAGAAACCCCGUCAUUUCCGAUGGCUCUGGAGAGUCUUUUAAUUGGAAAGCAUAUGAACUGCUUGUCCUGGAUAUUGUUCGGUGCUCUCUGGACCUCUUUAUGAACUAACUCCCUGUUAACAGUAGGGACUAGAUGUUAGCACCAACAGCUCUGCCUUUCGGCACCAGGAAAAGGUGAACAGGUUACCAUAUGGCACAACAAACAUCAGCAGGACGGCGCUACGUGAAAACUUUCAUUAGUGGAUUCUUUGUUGCUGUUCCCGUCACAGUUACUAUCCUAGAUAAACUGGCCUAUGUGGCUCGAGUGGAAGGAGCGUCCAUGCAGCCAUUCCUUAACCCAGAUGUUGGAGCCCAGUCUGAUGUUGUCUUGCUGAAUCGUUGGAGUGUAAGAAACUACCAAGUUCAAAGAGGGGACAUUGUCUCUGUUGUUUCCCCUAGAAAUCCCAAACAGAAGAUCAUCAAGCGCGUCAUUGGCCUAGAGGGAGACUUCAUCAGGACUCUAAGCUACAAGAACCGAUAUGUACGGGUCCCUGACGGUCAUUUGUGGAUAGAGGGGGAUCAUCGUGGGCACAGUCUGGACAGCAACUGCUUUGGACCGGUGUCACUGGGGCUCCUGCAUGGCAGGGCCUCCCACAUCAUCUGGCCACCAAAUCGGUGGCAACGCAUUAAACCAACUCUACCGGCAAAUAGAGAACCACUGGAUGCUGAAGAAGAUGAUGAAUAAAAAAAGAUCAGAUAGUUUUUGGACAAAUUCUUUUAAGCAAAUGUUGUGCCAACAUCUAUUUCCUAAAUAUGUAAUUGUUUGAAUUUUAAUAAUCAAGUGCUUUGAUUGA